UGAGAUCUGCCGCAAGCAGAAGCUACAGGCCUGUCUCUAGAACUACCGGCCCGAGGCUUUUCCCUCCACAGGCCCGCGUAGGCUUCUGUGGCUACCCCCGGGGAAGCCGCUCACCGUCAGAGGUCGUUGGAACUGAAGGCACACCGUCGUCACUGUCGGCGGCCAUGACGCUCCGCGCCCCGCGCCAGGCUUCUGUAGGUUCGCGGAGACUUCCGCUUCGUCUCCCGGAGAGCCUCGGGUCUAGGAUGGGGCGGGAUCUCGGCGUCGGGGACCCGUAGGAUCAACUUCCGUUCGGAGUGGUCCGGCCAGAGCGCGGAGCGCGGGCCUUGCGCGCGCUGAGUGUCUAUUGGCUGAGCGGCCGGACUGAGCGAAGCCACGCCCCUUGGCGGGUUCGCUGGGGCUGCGGGCUGGAGACUGCGCAGGAGGUUAACAUGAAGAAGCUGCGAGCAUCUGUAAGGAGUCACAGAAAGCCACUAGCCAACCACCAGAGAAGGAGAAAAUGUGCCCUUAGCAGCAGCCAGGCCACACCUUCUGCCCCUGAUGGCCAGGCCAAGCAGAAGGGAGAAGAGUUACUGCAGGCCUCCGCCUCCCCGUACCAUCUGUUCAGAGACGUGGCCGACGUCACAGCUUUCCGAAGGAGCUUGCUCAGCUGGUAUGACCAAGAGAAGCGGGACCUGCCUUGGAGAAGAUGGGUCCAGGAGGAGGCCAGUUUGGACAGGCGAGCCUAUGCUGUGUGGGUGUCAGAGGUUAUGCUGCAGCAGACCCAAGUUGCCACAGUGAUCGACUAUUAUAACCGAUGGAUGCAGAAGUGGCCAACACUUCAGGAUCUGGCCAGUGCUUCCCUGGAGGAGGUGAACCAGCUUUGGUCUGGCCUGGGCUAUUAUUCUCGAGGCCGCCGGCUGCAGGAGGGAGCUAGGAAGGUGGUGGAGGAGCUGGGAGGUCAUAUGCCCCGGACAGCAGAGGCCCUGCAGCAGCUCCUGCCUGGCGUGGGGCGGUACACAGCCGGAGCCAUUGCUUCGAUUGCCUUUGACCAGGUAACUGGUGUGGUGGAUGGGAAUGUUUUACGGGUGCUGUGCCGUGCCCGUGCCAUUGGUGCCGAUCCCAGCAGCACCCUUGUCUCUCAUCACCUCUGGAGCCUAGCUCAUCAGCUAGUGGAUCCAGCCCGGCCUGGGGACUUCAAUCAAGCAGCCAUGGAGCUGGGGGCCACAGUGUGUACCCCGCAGCACCCUCUCUGCAGCCGGUGCCCUAUACAGAACCUAUGCCAGGCAUACCAGCGGGUGAAGCGGGAACAGCUCUCAGCCUUGCCAGGCAGUCCUGACGUAGAGGAGUGUGCUCUUAAGACUAGACAGUGCCAGCUUUGCCUACCUCCCACAAAACCCUGGGACCCCGCUCUGGGAGUGACCAACUUUCCUCGAAAGGCCAGCCGUAGGCCUCCCAGGGAGGAGUACUCUGCCACCUGUGUUCUGGAGCGGCCCAGCGCCACCGGGAGCCCCCUCAUCCUGCUGGUCCAAAGGCCUAACUCGGGUCUGCUGGCAGGUCUGUGGGAGUUUCCGUCUGUCGCCCUGGAGCCCUCAGAACAGCAUCAACACAAAGACCUUCUACAGGAACUGCAGAGCUGGUCUGGACCCCUCCCGGCCGCUCGUCCCCAGCACCUGGGGGAGGUGACCCAUGUCUUCUCUCACAUCAAACUGACGUAUCAAGUGUAUAGUCUGGCCCUGGAAGGACAGACCCCCGUGGCCCCUGCACCUCCUGGCGCUCGAUGGUUGACUUGGGAGGAAUUCCACAGUGCAGCUGUCUCCACUGCCGUGAAAAAGGUAUUCCGCAUGUAUGAGGACCAUCGGCGAGGGACCUGCAAGGGUUCUAAAAGGUCCCGGAUGUCUACUCCAUCAAGCCGGAAAAAACCCAGCGGGGGCCAGCAAAUCCUGGAUAGCUUCUUUCAGCCUCGGAUUUCCAACAGUACAGCCCAGUGAUUACCCCAGGAAGCCCACCCCAAAUCCAGCCUUAAUAAAAUGCUUAUUUUUGUA